AUGACAUGUCGAGUGACACGGGAAGAUUGCUAUGACGGAUUGAUGGUGUGCAGCAUCCAGUGGAACUACAAAACCACAGACGAUGUGGUGAAGGUCGAGGUGUGGGAUGUUGUUGAUAAAGGUCGAAAGAAAAAGAAAAUGGAGGGUCUAAAGAUGGAACCAGAUAAACAACAGGGGGAUGAGCCCAGUCUGGAUGCAGAGUUCAUUGACGUAUAUAAGGGGUCGCAUGGGGUUAUCAUGGUGUAUGACAUCACCAAACAGUGGACAUUUUCAUACAUUGAGCGUGAGAUUGAGAAGAUCCCGUCCCAGAUCCCAAUAUUAGUACUCGGUAACCAUAGAGACAUGGGUCACCAUCGCACUGUUUUAGAGGACAAGGCACGCUACUUCUGUCUCCACCUCCAACGAUUCAUUGAAGGUCUAUGCAGCAAGCGCCGUCAACAGCAGGACAAGUUGUCAGAGAAAGUUCUGGUUGAUUCCAAACUAAAACAGGGAGUAGUAGAAGUAUCAGGGGAGGCAACUAAGCCUAACAGUCUUCCAGUUGUUCCAAAAUCUAUGUCCAUGCCAACCCUUCAGAAGUCAACAAUAAUGGAAAAGGAGGCACACUCUGUGGGGACGACCCCAGUACAAGACAGACUACCCCCAGAGCAGGCCCCCUCACUGGAGCCCCCUACCCCCACACAAGACCAGCAGCAAAAGUCCGGCUUCUUCUCCAGGCUCUUUAAGAGUAAGGACAAGAACGUGCCAAAGAAGGAAUUGGUAGAUGACUUACAAAGUCCCUCCUCCACCGGUACAGACACUGUGAGGAGUGUGGAGGACUUCUGUCCUGACGAAGGAGGACUUGACAACAGCUUCCUUGAUGAUACUAGGGAGGUUAAAGAAAAUAGCAAGUUGACAAAGAACCAUGACAGUGACAGUGACGAAGAUGCUAACAACCCAAUGGUGGCAGGAUUUCAAGAUGACCUGGAUUCAGAUGAUAAUUUUGCCAUGGACAACAGUUCAAAUCAAUUUGUCAUGGCAACAGAAGACAUUGUAGUGACAUCAUCGGACGAGGAGACAGUAUCACCUGUGGAGAAGACUACAGUGGUUACCGCGGUGAUGAACGUUUCCAGUGACUCAGACUCGGAGACAAAUAAACCAACAAUUGUGUCAACUUCUCGAAAAAUAUCAAAUGGGAACAAAAGUAUUGGUAAAGAGUCUAACAGUGACAGAAAAGUUUCCAAAACAAACAGUGUAACGUCAGACAAAGUGAGGAUGACCUCUUAUUCUAUAUCAUCAUCAGACAAUGAAGUGACCGCUGGACAACCAGUUGUGUUGACCAAUCAGGACAUUGACUCUGAGGAUGAUGACACGACGACUGAGGUUGUGGUUGCUGUGGACGAGGACGUCAGUGACAAUGAUACUCCAGCCACCAACCUUCAGGUUCAGGCAGGCUUUGAUAGCUGGCUAAACCAACUGGAGAGUAAGCCAAAAUAUACUGAGGAAGUUCACAGUGAACCCAGCAGUCCUGAGCUACAGCGACCAGUGGCCAGGUCAAAGUCAACUACAUCUGGAGAAACCGUAGAGAGGGAUACAAGUGCCAAAAAGAAGAAAAAGAAAAAGAAAGAAAAAUCGGAGAAGGGAGAAGAAAACUCUACUGGUAAAAAAUCCAAAAAGAAAGAAAAACAAAAAGCUGAAAAAGAAAAGGGAGAAACAAGCAAAAAAGAAAAGAAGAAAAAGAAGGAAAAACCAGUUGUUUCACAAACAGAAAAUGCAAUGGAGAAUAUGGAUGACUUGGAGGCAUUCCUAAAUGAUGAUCCUUCAACCCCAGGGGGUGGGGCAGGUUAUGAGUCUCUCUGAUCCUUCAACCCCAGGGGGUGGGGUAGGUUAUGAUUUUCUCUGAUCCUUCAACCCCAGGGGGUGGGUCAGGUUAUGAGUCUCUGAUCCUUCAAACUCUGGGGGUGGGGUAGGUUAUGAGUCUCUCUGAUCCUUCAACCCCAGGGGGUGGGUCAGGCUAUGUUUCACUUUGGUUCACCAACCCUUGGACAGGAUAUUGGCCACUUUGAUCUAUAAACCACAAAUUACAGGGUCAGGUUGGAUAGGCGAAGUCAUUCUGUUACUCUGAAGAAUUGAACAGAAAUAAGUCAUGCUGUUACCACAUGGGUCUGAACCGAUUAAAUCAUUUUAUUAGCCUGGGGUUGGAACAUGAUAAGUCGAUCAGUUACCUGGGGGUUGAAACAGAAUAAAUUCUUCUGAUAGUCUGGGUAUUGGAGCAGCAUUAGUCAUUCUCUUAGACAAAGAGUUGUAGGGUUAGGACAAAACAAAUCAUUCUGUUGGUUUAGUUGUAGGAACAAGAAAGGUCAUUAUGUAACACAGGGGGCUGGGACAAGAUAAAUUACUAUGUAAUCUUUAAUUUUAAAUAAUUGGUACCUUGAAUAGUUGAAUGAUUGCCUUUUAUUUUUUAGUUCAAUUGUUUCAAUAGGUGUUACUCCCCUUUUUUAAUUAAUUCAUGCGGGAGCAAGAAGUAUUAGCAUGUGGCUUACAGUUUUGUCCUGUAACCAGGGGGAUCUGGACCGGAUAAGUCUUUAUGUUACCUAGUACCUAGGGCUUGGAGAAGGAAAUGACUGAUAAGUAAGUUUGUUAUGACAUGUACAAGGGAUUAGGAUUGGAGGUCACAAUGUAAACCCUUGGGAUUGGGACAUGUCACACUGUUACCCCGG